AUGGCCGACAACUCUGUUGAUAAUGACCCGGAUGUUGAAAGAGUUAUCCAACUUUUCGAUCUCGUGGAAAAACCAACAGCCUGUAAAAAUAAAGUGGAAAAAAUUGUUAAAGAUCUGAGUUUUUCUGACGAUGAAGCAGACGUCAUAUUUUCUGUGCUGGACGCAGACAAAGAUAACGUCAUUUCCGCCGCAGAUAUUAAGACUCAAUUUGGAAGUGCUGAAAGUGGAUUAGACGCUUACUGCAGAUCGUUACCGUGUUCUCCACAAGGAACAUACAGUCGGACACGGUUAAGACGAUGCAGGAAAAGUUUAAAACGUUAUUAUAGUUUGGAUGGUUGUAGAAAUCGCCCACCGAAAUCCAUUUUAGAUCUUCCUCAUUUUUUUCUUUUACCUCCAAGACGUCAAGAACAAGUAUGUGAACUGUAUCAGAAACUUCACGACAGUAAUAAUACAGAGUUAUUAGAAUCGUUUGAGAAUAUCAUACUAGGAGUUAUAAAAGAUGUACGAACUUAUCAAACAGAGAAUGAACGCUUGGAAAAAUCAUUUCGAAGAGAAAAGGAAAUUCAUGAAAAACAUCUUCAACAUUUGGAAGAAGAGGUUGAAACACAGACACAGAAAAUAGAGGAACGAGUUCGGAAAGAGCAAGAAGAAAAAUUCGAAGCUGAAAAACAGGAAUUAAAAAAUCAAAUGGACGCCGAAAUCAGUCAUUUACAGAGCAACCUGAAGAAAUUCCAGACUAUGGGCAUGGAGGACGAGAGCAAUAAAACAGAAGAACAAAUAUUAGAGUUAAGAGCCAAGCUGAACGAUCUGGAUUAUGAAAAGAGGGCAUAUAAAAGUGAACUAACAGACGCCCAGACCAACCUGGCUUUAGUACGAUCAGAACUGGCUUCCAUUCGACAGCAAUUUAAAGAAAAAUGUCACGAAUGCGACACGGAAAAGGAAACAGUUAUGGAUUAUAUAAAAGAACAAGAUAAUUUAACACGACAGUUACAUCAAUUACACGAUGCUAACAAGAAGCUUCAUGAUACGUGUGAUGAUUUACGGAAUUGUCUGGAAAACGUGAAAUCUUCCCAUAAACGAACUCUUUCUUCCCUGUCCAAUGACUCUGCUGGCAGUGUCAGAAGUCCAUCACCACGUCACAGUUCUAGAAAGGGGUCGAUUAUGAGCGACUAUUUCGACAACACGCCCGGGAACAAAUCAGCCCGUGCGUUUAGUCCAACCUCCUCGCUGGCCGAGGAACUGAAUUUUGAUAGUUUGAGUCCUGUUACGUCUGGACGACCGAAAUAUGGUAGAAGUUUUAGCUGUGCUGAAAGUGUUCCAGAAGAUAUGGAUAGCGGUCGUUCGACCUUGAGAGAUAUAAAUGACCUUGACACAGAUGAAGAAUCGAAUUUCACCGACGCCAAAAGUUUAGAAGAACGAAAUAAGUUGAGAACGAAGAGAAUUAAGGCAACAGGAUAUGAAGCAGAAGGCGAGGAAUACGAUUCCCAUGAAGAAAUGGACACUGAAGUAGAAUCAACAGUUGGUCCGACGGAAGCGGAAGCUGUCAGCAUUCUAGGGUCAAAGGCCAAACGACCGUCAUCUGUGGGGAGUCGAGGUUCCGUCAGAAGUCUGAAAUCAAUACCACGUGAUGAAGGAGGCAGUCUGGCAUCUAAAGCAGGACGAGGAUCCAAACGAAAUUUAGCAGCAACACAAGAGGCUAUGGAGACUAAGAUAAACAAAGAACCAGAAAGAAUGUAUAAAAUAGUACUGGCCGGGGACGCCGCUGUGGGAAAAUCCAGUUUUAUCAUGAGAUUGUGUAAGGGGAAAUUUGUGAACAACCUGAGCUCAACCUUAGGAGUUGACUUUCAGACCAAGGUUCUAGAAGUUGACGGAAGAACGGUUGCUUUACAGUUAUGGGAUACGGCUGGACAGGAGCGAUUCCGUAGUAUCGCGAAAUCUUACUUCAGACGCGCAGACGGCGUUCUUCUAUUGUAUGACGUCACUUACGAGAGAUCAUUCUUAAACGUACGUGACUGGGUGGAAGCCAUUGAGUCUGUUACACAGGACGGAGCCCAGAAAAAUGUACCCAUAAUGCUUUGUGGUAACAAGACCGACAUGAGGGCUGAGAUGGAACAGCAAGGUAGAAGAACAGUCCGAGAAGAAGAUGGCCGCCGCCUAGCAAAGGAAUUUAAUGGUUUGUUUAUAGAAGCCAGUGCUAAAGAUGGUUCACAUGUAAUGGAAGCAGUCGUAGAACUUACGAGACUGCUGAGAACCAACGAAGAUCUAGAAGUAAAAACAGUUGGAAUGCAGCUUCACGAGAUGAACAUGGACAAGAAAAAUAGCACAUGUUGUCGACGCUAG